UGGGUUUCCUUUUGUCAAACAUUUCCCUGAAGAAGGUCCAGGAUUUAUCUUAUAAAAUUUGCAUUGAAGUGUGCAGAGCCUUCUUUUCUCCACGUUGGACUGUUGUGGCCUUCUUGCACCGAUGUAUUUUAUUGUGAGUGUGUUGAUUUUCUCAGAAGCAUUCACUUUACUUCAACCUGCCUGGAAUCAAGAGAGCAGGCCCCAUUUGAGAGGCAGCUUCUAGACACUGAGGAGAGAACACAAAAGGACGUAAAGGAGGAAGAUAAAGAGGAGAGGAUAACUUGACGCAGGAGAAGCCUGAAAGGGAGACUGUAGUGAUGGCUGAGGCACCGCAGCAGCAGCAGCAGCAGCAGCAGGUGGAGGAUGAGGAGCAGCCAAGCACUGUGGAGGCGACGGAGGCCGAUGAAGGGUCUGAAGAACCAAAGGAGAGUGUCCGGAUGACCCCGAACCGACCUCUGCUGUCCAUGAGGUCCAUGAGCACUGUGGACCCAGAUGACGACUCCCCCAACAUGAUUGUCUACAGAAAGAUUGAAGACAUUGUCGCUCACAUCCAGGAUGAGACAGAGGGUGUGCCCAUCAGAACUGUCAAAAGUUUCAUGACCAAAAUCCCCAGUGUUGUUACAGGUGCAGAUAUUGUACAGUGGCUGAUGAAGAACCUGUCCAUAGAGGAUCCAGCUGAGGCCAUGCACAUCGGGAGUCUCAUCGCAGCUCAGGGGUACUUCUUCCCGAUCUCAGACCACGUCCUCUCCCUCAAAGACGACAGCACUUUCUACCGCUUUCAGGCGCCAUAUUUCUGGCCAUCCAACUGUUGGGAGCCUGAGAACACAGACUAUGCUAUCUACCUGUGCAAGCGGACCAUGCAGAAUAAAACCAGGCUGGAGCUGGCUGAUUAUGAGGCGGAGAACCUAGCCAGGCUGCAGAGAGCCUUUGCCAGGAAGUGGGAGUUUAUCUACAUGCAGGCUGAGGCCCAGGUCAAGAUCGACAGGAAAAAGGAUAAAACUGAGAGGAAGAUCCUUGACAGCCAGGAGAGAGCCUUCUGGGAUGUCCAUAGACCUGUGCCUGGAUGUGUUAACACGACAGAGAUGGACAUCAGGAAAUGUAGACGCAUGAAGAACCCUCAUAGAGUUAAGAAGUCAGUGUAUGGUUUGGUGGAGGAGGGAACACAGUCUCAGAGUCCCAUACAUACUCCCUCGCACCACUGCAGGAAAGGCACCAAGGAGGAUGUGGAGAAAGAGAUCUUAUUCCUGAACACCCAGCUAGAUCGUCACUGUUUGAAGAUGUCUAAAGUUGCUGAAAGUCUGAUAAGCUACACUGAGCAGUUCAUGGAGUAUGACCCGUUUGUGACGGCACCGGAACCGUCCAACCCAUGGACCAGCGAUGAUCCCUCCCUUUGGGAUCUGGAGGCCAGUAAGGAGCCCAGUCAACAGCGGGUGAAGAAGUGGGGUUUCUCUCUAGAGGAGGCCCUGAAGGACCCGGCAGGACAGGAGCUCUUCCUCAAGUUCCUCAAGUCAGAGUUUAGCUCAGAAAACCUGCGGUUCUGGUUGGCGGUGCAGGACCUGAAGAGGAUUCCCCAGCAGGACGUGGCACAGAGGGCGCAGGAAAUUUGGGCAGAGUUCCUGGCGGAGGGAGCACCCAGCGCCAUCAACCUGGACUCCCACAGCUACGAACGCACAAGUCAGAACCUGAAAGACCCCGGACGAUACAGCUAUGAGGACGCACAGGACCACAUCUACAAGCUGAUGAAAAGUGACAGCUAUACACGCUUCUUGCGCUCCAAUGUGUACCAGGACCUGCUGAUGGCAAGGAAGAAACCUGAAACAGAGCAGGGGCGACGCACCUCCCUGGAGAAGUUCACUCGCAGUGUGGGCAAGUCACUGACGGGUAAACGACUGACGGGUCUCAUGCAGUCGUCCUGACAAGGCCUGGAUCAAGAGUAGGAGGAACCAUACCCAGAAGAGCUGCUUACCCCUGGGGAGCAAGUGGAAAAGGACCCUGGGGUAUAUGGGUGUGGCUGUGGGAGGCAGGUGAGGGCACCACAAACAAGCCUAAACUGCUGGACUGGAGUGCAACCACGUUUGAAAAUCACCUCAGAUCAGUUCAAGAGGACCGACAUCAUGCAAUAAGUCACCAGACCUGACACCAGGACAGUGCCGUCACAGUGUAGAGGACAAACAAUGCUACUCUUCUUAGGGGGUUUCUACUCAAAAGCCUGCACCACGCCAGGCUUUGUUGUUUUGUCUCGUUGUUUUUCUGUACUAUCUACACUCAUGUUACUAUGGUAGCUGAAGAGGCUAUCGCUUUACAUUUCUGUGAUAUAAACACGGAAUGCUUGAAUGCCGUCAAAAUGAGACUUAGAUUAAUGCUGUAGCUAGCUGUUUAUCUCACAUCAUUCACUAGGAUGAUAUAAGGGAAAGAGGCUCACAGUAAACAUCCGCACCAUUGAACUGCUCAAUCUUCACAUUGAUGGCAGUCAGACUUCCUGCUUUAAUGGUGGAACAGGUGGAGUAGUACAAGAGCUUUUUGAUCAAUCUACUAAUGUGGGAUGACACAAGAUUAACAACCUCUGUGUGUCUAAAAGUGGAUUAGUUGGUUACAAUGUGUGUUUACAUUUCAUACAAUUAUAUAAACUGUCUGUUUUUAUGCUCAUUACAGACUGAUUAAAACUACUGAUGACAAUUUGUAUAAUUUCUCCUCUAAACACCUUGACCUGCUCUCGGUACAGUAGAUUGAUCAUUCCUGGAAAACAGGAAAUUACUAUUGGUAAAAUUUCUGGCAGCAAUAUUGUUUGUUUUUCAAGGGCUGAAAAGACAGAGCGCCAUCAGCUGCAGUAGUCAUUAACAGACAACAAGAAGCAUCACAGUACUGGCAAAAUGAGUCUGUUCUUUAUCUAUUUCUUAGAUUAUCUUACAUGAUCUAAGGAAAGAAAUUUCAUGGAUUGCCACUGUAAUUGUCUAUUUUUAGCAAGCAUUUCUCAAAGCCCUCUAACAACUGCACUGAACAGACAGAGGUGUAAUCUUGUCCAAAAAAUGGUAAGGACAGGUUGAUCAUUUUACAAAAACGGGUGUAUGAGUGAGUUAUUAUGUUUGGCUUUAUUCUGUUCUUCUGAACAUUCCACUGCAGGCGACCACAAGGUUUAGUGGACCGACCGACCUCUAACCAUUUUUCACCUUAUGUAAAGAGGACCAUGAUAAUAAAAGAGGAAUGCACAGUAAA